AUGUACUUUAUCAGUAUGUUAUAUAGGAGGAUAAUUUUACAUAACCAAUUGGAUGGGUUUUUGGGAGAUAGAGGGACGCAUUUGUGAUCCUUAAAUGGCAUUCAACAAGUGUAGAGUAUCUCAUUCUGCUAUGUGCCUGAUAUUCUCCAGAUAGGCUGCCAUCCUGUGUGUGUGUGUGUGUGUGUGUGUGUGUGUGUCUAUCUGAUUGCUUGACUCUGUGAUAUGUGGGGGCUCUAUGCAGUCAGACUAUUAUAUUUUCAGCUUUUCUUAUUUUUUUUGAGCUUUCGAUUGAAUAAUUCAGACUUUGGGUCAAUGUAAUGACUGUUAGUGCAGGAAUUGUUUUUUUAGAAAGGGUUGUUUGCUUUUAGUCAAUGUAUUAAGCCAAUGAGACUCUAUCUGUCUGGCUAUUAGAUGGGGAGGGAGACUGGUCCAAAUAAUCCUCUGGCCAUGAUUUCAGUCUCUCUCGUUCUCUCUCAUUCUUUCUCUCCCGUCUGUGGCCCUGUGUUUGUCAUUUCUUUCUCUGAAAUGUAUACAACCAAAUAAUCAUAUCAGCUAUGUGUUUCAGAGGUGGAGAACGAGACAGAGAGGUGGGUUCUUUUGAAAACCAUGCCUUCAUUCUUGGAAAUCAAAGGUGGAGCGCAAUACUGGGCCCAGUCUGCAGAACAAAAGCACACUGAUUUAACUCAUCCAGCAUAAAGCGUAAUCCUCUCAUACGAGCAAGCACAUUGAAACACCGGCCUUAUAGUGUAGGGCUGCUAUUAAGCAGGCAAUCUCUCUCUCUCUCUCUCUCUCUCUCUCUCUCUCUCUCUUGCACUCUCUCAUGCUGUUCUCUUUAAUCAAAACAAUUUACAUGGAAAAAUCUGUAUUCCCAUUAGCUAAUUCAUUGCUGUGGAAAAAAUGCUUCCUUUAUGGAUAAAGACUUCUAAUGUGUCCAAAAUAAAAAUAAGGCCAUGUUGAACUGCCAACAGUUAAUGCCAUCCAUUGUUGUUGUUAAAAGCGUUGCUGACAUAUUAACUUUGUUUUAAUCUCAGACUAUAGUUCAGCAAUAGUGUGUAGGACGUAGAGUCUGCUUAAUUUUAAAAUGCGGAGGCCGUGGAAUAUGUCUGUUUAGUUUAUGCUGUUAAUGUGUGUUUGUGUGUAUAGUUUUGGGUUGGCUAGCUAUAGAUUAAAAGAGCUCAGUACAAUGAAUUUGCAUCUCAGUGGAAACUGAAAAAAGAAACAGAUUUCAUAUUUGUUUCAAACACAAAAGGCAGGAAAUGUCUUUAAAUGUUGCCGGAGCCAGAUGGGAACUGUAUUUCUCCUUUUUAUUCCACUAUAGAUUGUGUCUGCUGCAUUAUCCCUUUGCGUGUCUGUGUGUGUGGGUGUUAGAGUGUGUAUAACUGUGUGUGUGUGUGUCUGUGUGUGUGUGUGUGUGUGGAGGGGGUGUUGAUUGUGGUUCUAUAUAAACCGUUUGCUGCUGAGUGUAUUUGUUUCCAUGGUUACCCCCAUGCCAAUGGAGAUCACGUCAUCGCCAGACCAGACCUCUGCAGCUAUUGUUUACUGAUUGUAGAGGAGAGGACUGAAUGUGUGAUCGUGUUUUAGAUACGUUCCACACAGACCUUAAGUUCUUCCUUGUUUGUUGGUCUUUUGUCUCGCCUGUUGCUUAUACUGCAUUUAAUUCCUGGAUGUCUUGCUUGGAUUCAUCAUAUCUCCUGCUAUAUUUUGACCACCUGUCAUUUUUCUGUGAUAGACACUCAUGAAGGGCUAUUUAUUCGAUACUGCUCAGUGACUCCUGUUGGUUGACUUGGCACGCAGUGUCCUCUGCUUGUAUCACCAUCUGUAGCGCUCCGUACAGAGCUGCAUGAUUUGUUUUAGGUCCUGACAGAGGAGUUUGUCACUGUCAUGUGAGCCUAACUUUGCUUUUUUUAUACACUGUUUAAAGACAGGACGUUUUAAUACAGUAUGGCAGAAGCCCCUGUUGGAGAGGACGCACCUAAAGAGCAGGAGGAUGCCACCCCACUUACCCACGAUCCCCUGCCAGGGGUUGGGAUUGCUCUAUGGGAAAGAAUAUUGAAAGCAAGUGUUACAGCUGGUGCUUUCCUCCUGCUGUACACACUGUCUCAACUCACAGGUUUGUGGGUCCUUUACAUGCUGAAUGGAUACAGGGCUUUUCCAGCAGCACAUAAAGUUUUGGAUCUCCUUCAGUACCUUGUCUCCACCAGUGAUGCCUAUGAUCAACAGAUGGAGAUAUGGAGGGUGGAAAGCUUGUUUCCCCUCAUAGCCACACUCUUCUUAGGUGUAGUCAUCCUUGGUACUGGAACGCUGUUCUGCAUUAAAAGCCUGGUGCCUGGCAACCCAUCUUGCUUCCCUGACGACCGUCGUCAGUCCAUGAGCAGGCAGCCCUCCUUUACAUAUUCAGAAUGGACAGAUGCUAAACAGGAUUUCUACGAGCUGGAUGCUGUUCCGGAGACACCCGUGUUUGACUGCUUCAUGGACAUGAAGACCGAAGCUGACCCUGCCACUCUCACUGUCAAAUCUGUGGGCUUGCAGGAAAGGAGAGGUUCUAACGUGUCGCUGACGUUGGACAUGUGCACCCCUGGUACUACAGAGCCCUAUGGAGCGCUGCUGUCCCCUAGAGAGCAGAGCACACAGGAAUACCUGCAGAACGCAUCCAACCUGCUCACCCCCGAGCAGCUGCACAAGCGCGCACUGGACGACGCUGCACUGCAGGCCGAGUUCUAUGAAACACCCAUGAACUUCGUGGACCCAAAAGAAUAUAAUUUUCCUGGCGUGGUGAGGAAGAAUCGCUACAAAACCAUACUACCAAACACACACAGCAGAGUUUGCUUACAAGCAAAAGAGGAAGGCGAUUUUCUCAGCACCUACAUCAACGCUAAUUAUUUGAAGGGCUAUGGAGGGAAAGAAAAGGCAUACAUCGCUACACAGGGUCCAACUGUAAACACAGUGGGGGAUUUCUGGAAGAUGGUUUGGCAGGAGCGCUGUCCCAUUAUUGUCAUGAUCACCAACAUUGAAGAAAAAAAUGAGAAAUGCACAGAAUACUGGCCAGAGGACAGUGUCAUCUGUGAAGGUAUCGAGAUCACUGUCAAACAGGUCAUCCAGGCAGAUGACUACAGUUUAAGGAUUUUCACUGUGAAGAGUGAGGGUGAGGAGCGCACUCUCAGACAGUACUGGUACACAUCCUGGCCAGAUCAGAAAACUCCAGACAAGGCCCCGCCUCUUUUGGAGUUGGUUAAGGAAGUGGAAGAAGCGAGGAAACAGGCUCCGCUCAACAGUGGCCCUGUCAUUGUCCACUGCAGUGCAGGGAUUGGACGCACUGGCUGUUUCAUUGCUACCUCCAUCUUGUGCCAGCAGCUGAACAACGAAGGGGUGGUUGACAUCCUGAAAACCACUAGCCAGCUACGCUUGGACAGAGGCGGCAUGAUCCAGACAGCGGAGCAGUAUCAGUUUGUUCAUCAUGUACUCAGCCUGUAUGAAAGACUGCUUCGGAAGACCUCAGAAGAGUAAAGCCUCCAUGAGCGCACAACCUUCACAUCACUCCUCACAGAGCAGUUGACCUUCAUCCGAACACAUGGGGCUGGGACUGACCCUCAGUACCUAAAGUCUCAUGUCUUCAAACACAACAGAAGUUUAGGCUGAAUGUCAUUUUAGGAGCAGACCCAAUAUUAGAUUCAGUCUAAUCUCCAAUACCUAAACCCCACAUCGAUUGACCAAUCAGUUAUUAAAUAUACUUUUUCUUUAUUCAUUGCCAUAACAGUAACACAACAGACAUAUACAGUAGCGGUAAGUUGUAUCAUACACAAGUACUGCCCACAUACGGUAAUAACGCUCAGCAGACCAUCCGUGCUCAAAUAUGACAAUGUUUGAAUGCGUGCAUACUUCAUAUGCAGUGGUAUGAUGAACACAAUAACAAGCAGACACCAAGGCCUCCAUCGAUGAUGUAAAUUUAACAUUAGGUUUAGGGACCUCUUCAAUUUCUGAGCCUACAAAUACAGCAAUUUCGCUUUUACUGCUAAGACAUUUUUACAGGAUUUGUAACUCAGUGUUAAGAUAAGAUUUGUUGUAAAGUGUGCGUGUACAUGUGUGUGUGUGUGAGAUAGUAUCACAGAAACAGAAGGAGAAAGAGAGGUAAUGUUUACUAUGUGUUCGAUGAUUAUCAGACUUUAACUCCGGAUGUGUGGUCGGUCGGUCUCUAGAAGAGGUUAGCCUGCCACAUUUAAUACAAAAUGGCCUUAAUAUGUGUCUUUCUGUUCGUACUGGGGUCUUUAUGGUUGUGUGUAAAUGUUGUCGGGCGGAGCUAAAGGCAGUGUGGUGUUACAGCCUGUCAUCGUCUCAUUUGGUAAGACUGAGAGAGGGACAGAGACUGGUCUCCGUACAGAAUGAUGUACAUUUUUUCCUCAGCAUACCUUUGCCUUCUCGGUUUGCGUGUUGUCGGACGCUAUAUCAUGUGAAGCAUUUUAGUUGGACUCUAAAAAGCAUUGAUGCUGCACCUCAAGGUUUUAUGUAUCAAAAUGCCGAAACACUGUAUCCAACUAAUGUUAAAUUUGUAAAUCAUAGCUUGUAUCAAUAGCUAAAAUAAUGACAAUGGGACAUAUAUAGUUGUGAUGUUUUUUUUGUUGUUGUUUUGUUUUUUAUGAGCUUGUUUUACUCUGGUUACAUUUAACAUUGUUUAUAUGUGGGUCUGCGUAUCUGAUUAGUUAAGAUGUAUAAUCAGUAUUUGCCCGAGUCGGCAGCUCGUACAGCUUUGCUGAGACUUGCAGUUUGCAUGAGCAAGUACUUUUUGAACUUCUUUUUAAUUAUGAGCAAGGAAAUGUUUCAAUUGCAAGCAGACAUCUGUGUGUGAUUAUGUGCAAAAGCUUCUGAUGCUGUUGGAAUAAGCAUCUUCAAUCGAAUCGACGGUCCCAUGUGAUCCAGCUUGAAGUACCAAUGCAAGUUCUUCUUAGAAAUGUUUUAGGCAGUACUGCUACCACCCUAAUUGUCUCCAGUUGUUCUCGAGCUAGUCAUACUGUAUGUCCUCAAAAUGAUGUUUCCUUCCAGGCAGCUCUGAGCUGAAAUUAGGAAGUUUACAGAAGCUUGAAAACACCUUUUGUUACACAAGAGAUUGUACUUUUUUUGUAAGUGUUGUUAGUUCAAGGCCUCAUGAUAGUUUGCCAGAAAUGAGAAUGACUUCCAUCCACAUGCUUUAAUCGCUGCUGUUAUAGUCUUGCAGAACUGCUUCCGUGUUUUAGUUGGUACUAAGUGAAUAUUAUUAUUUGUUUUAUUGAACUGACAUAUUCGUCCUAUUUAUU